GCCAAACCAACCCUGCUGAUCUUGGCGCCGGCGUCCCAUAAAAAACCAGCUGCCACACCGCUCUAGGGUCUUCAAGUCCAAGUCCAAUAUAGCUCUUGAUUCGCCGAAAAGGUAGUAAAUGCAUUCACAGCUUCCCCGGAGCUUUCUUUCCACCCCCCAAAUUAGCACCACGUUGCUCCCUGCUCUUCUCCUUUUUCCUUCUUGUCAUCGGAGCUGCCCCACAGGAGCCAGAGAUGCUUUGCUUUGCUUUGCAGGCGUAACUCUGCAUUUACCAGUAACACCACGUUUACACUAAGCACCAAGCCAAGCUACGCUACAGAAUCUCCGGAAGCAGCAGCUGCUUUUCUUUUGUCAGCCAUUGCCGGCCAGCUGUGCUUGCACGCACUUGGGGGCUGCUCACUCGCGGUAUAAGUUCCUUUCUUCUUUUCUCACUCCCGUGAUCCCUUCUUCCUCCCCCUGUCCAGAUCCAUCCCUCUCCCUGGACUCACUCGCCUAGCUCUCCCCUGUGAGGAGAGAGAGGGGGAGGGUAACGGAGGCCGGGCAGAGAGCCAUGGGUUCUUGGGUUCUCCUUGCCUUGGUUCUCCGGCUCUUCUUGGUGGGAGCAGCGCGUGGCUCCGAGCAGUGGUCGAACGAGACGCAGGUCUACGCCACCAAUGGCAACUCCGGCAGCAACGGCGUCUUCGUCGGGCUUACCCUCAUCCAGUCGGCCGCCGCCAAGGGAGCUGUGUGCCUGGAUGGAAGCUUACCGGGUUACCACCUACACCGGGGGUUCGGAUCAGGGUCAAAGAAUUGGCUUGUCAAUCUGGAGGGCGGAGGCUGGUGCAACGAUGUUAAGAGCUGUGUGUUCCGCAAGAGCAGUCGGCGUGGGUCAUCAAAUCACAUGGAAAAGCAACUCCAGUUUACAGGGAUAAUGAGUAACAGACCUGAAGAAAAUCCUGAUUUCUACAACUGGAAUAGAGUGAAGGUUCGUUAUUGUGAUGGUGGAUCUUUCACCGGUGACGGGGCUGAUGCGGCUUCAGGCCUUUAUUUCCGAGGUCAGCGUAUUUGGCAGGCUGCUAUGGAUGAUCUGAUGUCCCAAGGAAUGCGUUCUGCUAGUCAGGCCCUUCUUUCUGGAUGCUCUGCUGGGGGUGCUUCUACCAUACUUCACUGUGAUGAAUUCCGCGGAUUGUUUCCGUCGAAUACUAGAGUCAAGUGCCUUGCUGAUGCUGGAAUGUUCCUCGACACUGUUGAUGUUGCCGGUCGUCGUGAGAUGAGAGAGUUCUUCAACGGCAUUGUCAGAUUGCAGGGUUCUGGAAGAAGCUUGCCUAGGUCUUGUACCUCCCGCAUGGACAAAACCUCGUGCUUUUUCCCGCAGAACGUGUUACCAAACAUUCAAACUCCAACGUUUAUUUUAAACACUGCUUAUGACGUGUGGCAGCUUCAACAAAGUGUAGCUCCCAAAACUGCUGAUCCUCAAGGUCUAUGGCAAAGAUGCAAGCAGAAUCAUGCCUUUUGUAGUGGCAAUCAACUUCAGUUUUUAAAUGGCUUUAGGAAUGAAAUGCUUGAUGCCGUGAAGGGUUUCUCCGGGUCAAGGCAAAAUGGUGUAUUCAUCAACUCAUGCUUCGCUCAUUGCCAGAGCGAGAGACAAGAUACAUGGUACUCAAAUAACUCUCCUCGUCUCGGUAACAGGAGAAUUGCUGAAGCAGUCGGUGAUUGGUUCUUCGAGAGGGGUGAUGCCAAGUACACCGACUGCACGUACCCUUGUGAUGGCACGUGCCAUCACCUUGUGUUCAGGGGGAGGGGACUGUAAGAUUAUCACCAUUAUUUGACACCAGCAGUUGAGGUGUCAAACGACCCCAGUGGUAACUACUACAAAUUAAAGAAGGACAAGGUAUAGAUAGAAGAAGAGGCGCAAGUUCCUCCACUUGCCCGGUUUCUGAUAUGACAGGGCAGAGGGCCUCGCGCCCGAAGGCGGUGCGAGGCCUCAGAGUUAUUUUAGUUUCACAUAUCGAUUCAUUCAAUUGCCGUUGUUACCUUGAUGUAUCUGAAUAUUUGGUCCACAUUGGUGUAUAACCUUUACAUAAUUCAUGUAUUGGAAAUGAUUGUAUCAAUAAUGUGCUCAAGAGAAAUUCAAUCUUUAGACAUUUCCGAUUUUCCAUGUGUGGGGCACCUGAUGUAUGAGCCAUUUAGGGAUGUAAAUGGAAGCUGAGCAAAAGAAGGAUUUUGU